CCAAUCCCUUGCAGAGAUGACGGUAGUAGGCGGGCCGAAGACUUUGGUCUUGUAGGUUGUCCCAUGCAGCCUACCGGUGCUUCAUAGCCGUGUAACUGGACUGUAUUGCACAACCAUGGGCAGUGUGUUGGCUGCCAGUUCCCCAAACCCCCCUGCUUCAGGCAGUGGUAGCAGUCAGGGAGGUCCAGGCCUGACGGUGCCCCCUGGCUUCACCAUGCCCACCAUGCCGUCGUCUCUGGGCACCGGCACACAGGCUGGCACAGAGACAGAGCCAUCUCUUCAGAACCCAGGCACGUUUGAAGAGUGCCAUCGGAAAUGCAAAGAGGUUUUCCCACUGCAGAUGGAGGGUGCGCGACUUGUGGUCAACAAAGGAUUAAGUAAUCACUUCCAGGUGAGCCACACAAUUACACUGAGCACCAUGGCAGAAUCCGGCUACAAGUUUGGAGCCACAUAUGUCGGAAGCAAACAGACCGGACCUGCUGAGUCAUUUCCAGUGAUGGUCGGAGACAUGGAUAACACGGGCAGUCUCAAUGCACAGAUUAUUCACCAGCUGACCUCACACGUACGCACCAAAAUGGUUCUGCAGACACAGCAACACAAGUUUGUAAACUGGCAGUGUGAUGCAGAGUACCGCGGAGAUGACUUCACUGCUGCUGUAACCCUGGGCAAUCCAGACGUUCUUCUGGGAUCUGGGAUUUUAGUAGCUCAUUACCUUCAGUCUCUGUCGCCUGCCUUGGUGUUGGGGGGUGAGCUGGUGUACCACCGGAGACCUGGAGAGGAGGGCACGGUCACCUCGUUUGUGGGCAGAUAUACAGGCAGUAAUUAUGUGGCCACACUGACUGUUGGAGGAGCAGGAGCUCAUGCAUCAUACUACCACAAAGCCAAUGAUCAGUUGCAAGUUGGGGUGGAAUUUGAAGCAAGCACACGAAUGCAAGAAACGAGCGUGACUCUUGGCUAUCAGGUGGACCUGCCCAAAGCCAACCUUCAGUUUAAAGGUUCCCUAGACAGUAACUGGGUGAUAGGGGCUACGCUGGAGAAGAAGCUACUGCCCCUCCCGUUGUCUCUGGCUCUCGGCGCCUUCCUGAACCAUCGCAAAAACAAGUUUCAAUGCGGUUUUGGAGUUACUAUUGGUUAGAGUUGCAGAUCUGCUGCGAUUCCUCGCUAUUGGUGCAUUUCAAGCAGACUUGGACUGGUGCAGAGAGACAGGGGGACAUGGACCAACAACCAAACGGACUCAGAUUCUCCCACAAGCACUACAGUUAAACCUCACAUGGACAAACGAGGACUGUAAUAAUUCAGGCAAAUGUGAUGUAAUGUUUGCCAAUCGACUUCAUGUGAAAAGAAACAGAUCAUGAUCAGACAACAUUAAAAUAUUUAGAAAAAACGUUUCAUGUUUACUGCUAAAACGGUGCACCCAGUUUACAGAGAUGCAUUUGAUGAUUUCUAAAGUUUGUUAGACACACGUGAGAGGGAAGCUUUUAAUCGGUCAGCCUUUUGACUUGUGUUGAAGAGAAAAUAAGGUUUAGUCUGUACAUUUUUAUUAAAAUUUCAACUCUGUCCCUGUCAAGAUCAGUGUUUAGGUACAAAAUAAAACAGACUUUAAGUUGGUCCCAUAUCACUCAUCUCCAUGCCCUACUGUACUGUACUGUAAUGCUGUGACAAAUUCCCUGUCCCUUUGUCUGUCAGAGCUCGAACCGUACGCUUUCUAUGCCUCCUAUCCUUUCUAUGUGGUAGCUUAGUGGUUAAGGUGUUGGGCUACCAAUCCGAAGGUUGUGAGUUCGAUUCCUACGUCCACCAAGCUGCCACUGCUGGGCCCCUAAGCAAGGCCCUUAACCCUCAAUUGCUCAGUUGUAUUAAAAUGAGAUAAAAUGUAAGUCGCUCUGGAUAAGUGUGUCUGCUAACAGGAAUUUUUUUAAAGUCACAAGCUGAACUGACUGUAAUUAUGGGUCAUGGAUAACUGGAUCAUGUGUCACUUUUCCAAUGUGUUUAAAGCGAUUCCGUCCAAUUUAUACAAUGAACCUGCUAAUGGAAAAAGCCCUUUUCUUGUCCUAAUAAAUCCUGAUGCCAAAAUA